CCUCACCGACCAUGGCCACAGCUGCCUCGAAUCCCUACAGCAUUCUCAGUUCUAGCUCCCUAGUCCACGCGGACUCUGCGGGGAUGCAGCAGGGGAGUCCUUUCCGAAACCCUCAGAAACUUGUCCAAAGUGAUUACUUGCAGGGAGUUCCUAGCAAUGGGCAUCCUCUUGGGCAUCAUUGGGUGACCAGUCUGGGCGAUGGAGGCCCAUGGUCUUCCACACUGGCCGCCAACCCUCUGGACCAGCAGGACGUGAAGCCCGGACGCGAAGACCUACAGCUGGGUGCGAUCAUCCAUCACCGCUCACCGCACGUCGCCCACCACUCUCCGCACACUAACCAUCCGAAUGCCUGGGGGGCUAAUCCGGCUCCGAACCCGUCCAUCACGUCAAGCGGCCAACCCCUUAACGUGUACUCCCAGUCGGGCUUCACUGUGAGCGGCAUGCUGGAGCACGGAGGGCUCACUCCACCGCCGGCCUCCGCCUCCGCACAGAGCCUACACCCGGUGCUCCGGGAUCCCCCAGACCACAGCGAUCUAGGCUCGCACCACUGCCAGGACCACUCGGACGAGGAGACACCAACCUCGGAUGAGUUAGAACAGUUCGCCAAACAGUUCAAACAAAGAAGAAUCAAAUUGGGCUUCACGCAGGCCGACGUGGGGCUGGCGCUAGGCACACUGUACGGCAACGUUUUCUCACAGACCACUAUCUGCAGGUUCGAGGCCUUGCAGCUGAGCUUCAAGAACAUGUGCAAGCUGAAGCCGCUGCUGAACAAGUGGCUGGAGGAGGCUGAUUCGUCCACUGGGAGCCCGACCAGCAUUGACAAAAUCGCUGCUCAGGGCCGCAAGCGCAAGAAGCGAACCUCCAUCGAGGUGAGUGUCAAGGGCGUACUGGAAACGCAUUUCCUCAAGUGUCCCAAGCCUGCCGCGCAGGAGAUUUCCUCGCUGGCAGACAGCCUCCAGUUGGAGAAAGAAGUGGUGCGUGUCUGGUUCUGUAAUCGAAGACAGAAAGAGAAAAGAAUGACUCCACCAGGGGAUCAGCAGCCACAUGAGGUUUAUUCACACACGGUGAAAACAGACACGUCCUGCCACGAUCUCUGACUGCAGGAAGCAAGGAAGCGGCCGACCGCACUGGGAGCAGCGCGCAUUUCUCUUUCUCUCCCACUCUCUUCCUUUCACUUCAGCUUUAUUAUUGCUAUCUAGAGAGAUAGCAAUAGCUAGAUAUAAAGAUAGGGCUCUUCAGUCUCUCAUCUUUUUUCUUCCUUUUUUUUUUUCAAUAGGGGAUUCUAACUUAUACUAAGAAAGGAAACACACUCACACACGCAUUCCAGCUUCUCAAGGCUGAUAUACAGUAGUGUUAAGCAGUUCAGGAGGGGACCUCACAUACCCUGCCGCCAGGGCGACUGUUUCCUCCAACCUUUUCUGCUGAUCAAAACAUAUUGUUUACUUUGAGUAAGGUUUGUUUGGUUGCUCCUCUCUUUAAUGAACAAGGAGUGGGGUAACGUGGGGGUGGGGUAGGGAUGGGGAAGGGGGGGUGGGAAAACAGAUGUGUGCCUCUGAAUAACCUUUCAGCGCCUUGGUUAUAGCAGCUGUAUUUCAGGUGAAAUCUGUUUUACAAUAGACUAGUUUUGCAUUUUUAAAAACUUCUAUAGCGUUUCUAAAUGUCUGCGGUGUUUUACUACAAGCUGUACACAAUAUUUGUGAGAUAAUUUGUAUCUAAUCGGCCACUCCACAUUAUUGUUGCUAUUAUUAUUAUUCCUUCAUUGAGCUGAUGGUUUUCUAAUUGCUUAAAAAAGGCAGGGGGACUGGAAGGAGGAGGGGAAGAGAUGUCCACCCGUCCAUCCACCCCCUAUCCUAAAUCUGCAUGGAGAGAAGAGGUACAAUGGAGAGAGUUGUUGAUGAUGGUAUUGGAGAUAUAGAUGUAAUUUUUCGGAGGGCACAAUGCCUGGGAUAGGCAGAAUAGGCAAGCCUACUGGGUUUGCAAACCACAGCGAAGUAGGAGAGGCGAUGUUGAAGCUUUCUGCCCUCCCUCUCGGAUCUGUGGAGCCCUCGCAGGCUUCUACAGCGCAGAUCCGGGUGCCAUAAAAGGAUUUGGCUGUGGCACCCGGCAAAAGAGAUCAGCCUGCGGUGCUAAGAGACCUCCGCACCUACUGAAGUCCGGAAUGCCUUCACUCAGAACUCCCUAAGGGCCCCAUGCCUCACCAGGACCACUAGCGCGACUCCACCUUGGCCUUUGUAGGCGAAGGACUUUGUAUUCACAUAUAUUUGCUUUCGCUGGAGACGACUAUCCCGAGACGCUGGCGACGACAGACUCACUGAGUGCCUCCCAAUUCAGUUCACCUUCAGUUCACUACCUGCUCUCCAAGUGAGAAGCCAUGGGGAGGGAUGGCAAGUGGGGUGGUGGACAGGUGCUCUCUGCUCCGUGCAGAACGACAAGGAAAUGAUUGGCAAAGGUCAUACGGAUUCUGGUCUAGCUUCGUACCACCUCCUCUCCGGUGUAUACAUACCGCUGUCUCAGAGUGGUUUCACGGGAAGCUGUCUCCGCGUCCCAGACAAGCACAGCUGGUAGAAGCCCACAGCGAUGAUUAAGCUAGAUAGCGAGCGCCCUGGCGGCUCGGUUUCUGGGUUUUUGUUUGUUUGUUUGUUUGUUUGUUUCUGUUUUUUAAUCUGUGUGUGCAUGACUGCGCGUGGAAAUGUGUGAGUAGAUAGAUGCGUGUAUCCUAUUACUAUUUACAAAAACAAAAACUACAUAAAAUCUCUCUAGGCUGUGUAGAAAUCCAAAAAAUAUACAGUUGUUCUGGCUUUAUUGCUAGCUCUCCUGUCUACACGCCAGGUCCACAGGGCACCUCAUUCUUAAUGAGCACACAUGUGCAGGGCCGGCCAAGCACCCAACACCCAGACACAGUCCGCGGGACCUGGCUGGGGGCUCCGCAUGCCUAGGCUGCCUGCCUGGCCUGGCCUUCAGGUGCAGCUUUGGCAGACAAAGCCUCAAACUACCUAAAGACCAAAAAGCCCAGGACUCCUUGUGGAGAAUGCGCUAGUAUGGGCUUCCAGGCCUCUGGUUCACCGCACUGUGUCUCCUUCAGCUGCAGGUUGAAGAACAUGUGUUAAUUCAAAUCCCGGACCCAUUUUCUUUUUUGUGAAGCCUCUGCAUUCUGUUGGUAGAUGGGUUUUCGUUCUGGAAUUUUUUUGUUUGUUUUGUUUUCCCUCACUGAGUUCGUGUUUUACAACUGUUAGGGUUUUUUGGUUUGAAUUUUUUUUUUUCUUCGCAGUUAAGCGCUCUGGUUCAAACCUGAGUUAACCCAAAUAUUUCUGCCGACUUUAUAACUGUACAGUUUUGUAUAUUAAACGUUUUUGAAGUGAUUAAUUUAAAGAAAGAUCAUUUAGUUUAUUCAUUUAGUGACUGAUGUAUAAUAAACACUAUUUUCAUUAAGAGUUGCUUUUUCAACUAUUUUAUUCAAAUUGCCUAUUGCAGUUGCCAGCAAUUAUUUAUUUUCAAUAAAUUCUGCAUUAUGUUUAAAAGAAAACUCAAAGAUGAGUCGGGUGUCAAAAAGAAAACAAUUCGCUGUAAUGUUUGAUGUGAACAGUUUUAGUCGAGGGGUUUAUAUUGAUGCAAUAUUUUAUUGUCGUAAAAGAUUUAAAAUAAAACAUUUAAAUAAAACAUUUUUCCAAAAAAAUCGUUGUUUUUUUCUUUCUUUCUUCCUUUCUUUAUUGUGUGGUGUGUGAAGUGAAGCAUUUAAAUAG